AUGUCGCAACUAGUCCUAUACCGAGCAUAUUCCGACUGUUCCGGCUCCUCCUUCAAGAGAAAGACAGGAUUUGUGGCUGGAGGUUCCAAAAUAUCUUUUGAUCCCAACUCUAGUCCAGGCGAUGCAGCAAACAUUCUCUCCAAUCAUCUCAACUGGAACAACGUACACAUUCCCUCCCCGCUCAUAUCUACUACUAUGUCUCGGUCGAAAGCCAAUGCCAAAGCUAAAGUAAUCUCUUCUCGUCAUCGCCGCACCGUGUACAUUGCAAAAAUCAUUGUUGAGCGCGAUCAGGUGCAUCAUGUGUGCACGUUGCACAAGCGAUUGGGAUUAGGGAAAGUUCCCCGUCACUGGAGGGACGACGAGGAAUAUGUUUUUGUUCAUCGUAUACCCCUAUCGUGCAUCGUAGAAGUUGUGCAAUGGACUGGAAAAGCUCUUCCACGCAAAGAGAAUUACAUUUGGGAAAACCCUGCGAAGACGCAAAGGCCUGCAGAGCAGCCUCCGAGCCCUGUCCUAUCCUACUCCGCCAUCUCGGGGGACCUAUGGGAUGACCCAUAUAAUGAACAAGAGAAGUGUGAAGAGUCCCUCAACCACUGGUAG